GACUUGCGAGUAUAGUUCGUACGCUACGUCUUCGUUCACCUCUCUGCUGCUGCGCGUGAUUGUGUUCGCUGGGGGAAGUUUGAAGUGUUCCUCGUCCUCCCAUUCUGGUUUUGCCAUUUCUGAAUUCUGACCCUGUGGAGCAGAGCAUCUCGCCCUCCCUUCCUUUUCAGCGUUUUCCAUUAAAAAACUGUUGCCGAAAAGCUUAACAGCUGGAGUGUUGAGUCAACAACUCUUCAGGCCUACACUGCACAUGGAGGCGAUCUGCCUAGCUUGCGCACGCAGAUGAGCUCACGGCUUCGUCUCCAUCCCCAAACUGCAGGCGCAGAGCUCGAGCUGCUCGUCCCCAGCAGGGCCGACGCGGGCGCCGGGACGAUGGACCAGCGCGCGCUGGGCCAGCCGGCCCACGAGAUCGAGAAGACGGCGCCCGAGCCCGGCCCGGACAUGGAGUCGGAGCCCGCGCUGGCGCGCGCGGCGGCGGAGCGCGCCGUGCCGCCGUGGCGGGAGCAGGUGACCGCGCGCGGCAUGGUGGCGGCGCUGCUGAUCGGCGUGGUGUACACGGUGAUCGUGAUGAAGCUGAGCCUCACCACGGGACUCGUCCCCACGCUCAACGUCUCCGCCGCGCUGCUCGCCUUCCUCGCGCUCCGCGGCUGGACGCACGCGCUCGCCCGCCUCGGCAUUGCCUCCCGCCCCUUCACCCCACAGGAGAACACCGUCGUCCAGACCUGCGCCGUCGCCUGCUACACCAUCGGCUUCGGCGGUGGGUUCGGGUCCUUCUUGCUUGGCCUGGACAAGAAGACGUACGAGCAGUCCGGGGUGAAAACGCCGGGCAACGUGCCGGGGAGCUAUAAGGAGCCCGGCAUCGGCUGGAUGAUGGGGUUCCUCCUCUCCAUCAGCUUCGUGGGGCUCCUCACCUUGCUCCCUCUCAGAAAGGUACUGGUCAUCGACUACAAACUAACUUAUCCAAGUGGGACUGCGACUGCCGUUCUCAUAAACGGCUUCCACACACCUCAAGGAGAUAAGAAUGCAAAGAAGCAGGUUCGUGGCUUCCUGAAGUACUUUGGGAUCAGCUUUUUUUGGAGCUUCUUCCAAUGGUUCUACACCGGCGGCGACGCCUGCGGAUUCCUUCAGUUUCCUACUUUUGGGCUGCAAGCUUUGAAACAAACAUUUUCCUUCGACUUCAGUCUGACGUAUGUUGGUGCCGGGAUGAUCUGCUCGCACCUUGUCAACCUUUCUCUGCUCUUUGGCGCCAUCCUUUCUUGGGGCGUAAUGUGGCCGCUCAUGAGCAAACAGAAGGGAAACUGGUAUCCGGCAAACGCAUCUGGAAGCAGCAUGACAGGCCUAUACGGCUACAAGGCCUUCCUCUGCAUUGCACUGCUCACUGGCGACGGCUUCUACAACUUCUUCAAAGUCAUUAUCAUCACCCUCAAGAGCAUGCACGAAAGAUCGAAGCGCGGCCGUCUUAACAGAGUGGCGGAUGCGGACUCCGUGUCCAUCGACGACCGGCAGCGAGACGAGGUGUUCAACAGGGACAACAUCCCGGCCUGGGUGGCCUACUCCGGGUACGCGGUGCUGAGCGCCAUCGCGGUGGUGGCCAUCCCGCUCAUGUUCCGGCAGGUGAAGUGGUACUACGUGAUCAUCGCCUACCUCCUGGCACCGGCGCUGGGUUUCUGCAACGCCUACGGCACGGGCCUCACGGACAUGAACAUGGGCUACAACUACGGCAAGAUCGCGCUCUUCAUCUUCGCGGCGUGGGCGGGGAAGGACAACGGCGUGGUUGCCGGGCUGGUGACCUGCGGUCUGGUGAAGCAUCUGGUGCUCAUCUCGGCGGACCUGAUGCACGACUUCAAGACGGCCCACCUGACGCUGACGUCGCCGCGGUCGAUGCUGGCGGGCCAGGCCGCGGGCACGCUCAUGGGCUGCGUCGUGGCGCCGCUCACCUUCUUCCUCUUCUACGAGGCCUUCGACGUGGGGAACCCGGACGGGUACUGGAAGGCGCCCUACGCGCUCAUCUACCGCAACAUGGCGAUCCUCGGCGUGGAGGGCUUCUCGGCGCUGCCAAGGCACUGUAUGCAGCUCUGCGCGGCAUUCUUCGCCUUCGCGGUGCUGGCUAACGUGGCGAGGGAUUUCUUGCCCCGGAGGCUCGGGAGGUACGUGCCGCUGCCCAUGGCCAUGGCCGUGCCGUUCCUCGUCGGCGCCAGCUUCGCCAUCGACAUGUGCGCGGGCAGCCUCGUGGUGUUCCUCUGGCACAAGCUCGACGGGAAGAAGGCCGCGCUGCUCGUGCCGGCCGUCGCCUCGGGCCUCAUCUGCGGCGACGGGAUAUGGAUCUUCCCGUCGUCGCUGCUCGCGCUCGCCAAGGUCAAGCCGCCGAUCUGCAUGAAGUUCACACCAGGAAGCUAGCCGGCCGGCCAGAGAAUAGAGUACAUAUAUACUCCGUACAUCAGAUUAAAUCACAGCUCCGAUAUAUACCACAAGCCAAUAACUCGAUCGAGAGCGUUAAUUUUGGGGUUUACUGUACCCAUCAUACAUACAUAGAGCGAUGCCGGGUAGACUCGGCAACUUGUUCAUAAGAGUCUUGUAGGUCGUGUGUAUCGUAAUUCGUAAAUACAUCAGCUAGCUGAAAUGAAAUUUUAAGAGCGACAAGAACAACAAUGGCUUGUUGUCGCGUACAGAGAUGUUUUUCACUUGGCUUAAUAUGGCUAGACCUUAUUGCAAA